AUGGCGGCUCAGAACAAGUUCACAACCUGCACCUUUAUCCUCAAGAAGUGUGACUUUUCUAGCGCUUCGCUUGCACCAACAUGUGUUAAGAACUUUUGUCAAGGAGAGCCAUACGGCUUUGGCUCUUGCACAGCGGACUUCACUGGCGUGCCAGCAGAGUGCUGCUCGCAAAGCACGGUUGGCGAUGUAGCACAAUGCAUGGCCGACUUUCAGCAGCGGCAGGGAUACGGCAUCUUUGGCGAUGCUUGUCUCUCCGUUGAGCGUUAUGUUACCGAAUGCGAGAAUGCCAACUCUGGGUUUGAUAACGCUUCCUUCAAGCAGCAGGCUGGCUGUCUUUGCUACGACAGCAACGGCAACUAUGCUCCAGACACAUGGGAUAACGCGGUGGCCACUUGCGUAAGCACGGGAGAGAGGGCUCACCCGACCAUCUGGAGCGCUUUGCAAAAGAAUUCCCAAGUGAUUGGUCUGUGUACCAAGUUUGCUGGUGCUGCUGCUCCAACUGGCUCCGCGACAACCGGUCCCAUCCCGACAGACACGGCGAGUUUCACUUCCACCGGUGAUGCGUCGCCAGGAACGACAGCGACCGACACGGGGAGCCCAACUGAGACAGGUUCAACCCCUGCGGGAACCACAGGUUCGAGUGAUCAGACUCCAGCACCAUCCAGUGCAACUAGUAGCAGCGCGGCUGCGACAACCACAACGAGCAGAUCGGCGGCGGUCAGAGUUGGAGAGCCUCCGACGUCCAUCGCGUCCAGCUGCCAUUCAGCUCACAAGCCAAUUCGAGAUCCAGCUGCUUGCACAUCUUCCAGGACGGCAAUCAUGGCGCCUGGGGAAUCAGGGCAGCCGCAGGCAUCCGGCGAUUCUGCGCCUGCUGCUCCAUCGCCUACGCUGCCCCCUCCAGAGAAGCUGUCGGCAGUCAGACAACGGUCAUAUGUCGUGCUGUCCUUCUGGCUGGUUGUCCUCCUGCUUGGACUGCCCAUCUGGUGGAAGACAACGGCGAUUUACCGAGCCGAUUUACCUCUGGAUAGGAUGCUGAAAUGGGCUGACGGCAAGGCUUGUCGACCCGUCUUCCCCCUCCAGAUCUCGAUACAAGCAGAUUCUCUGCAGGAGCAAGAGGCCCAGAAUCUUAUCCGACUGACCCAGCAUGCAUUGGACGAUCUCAAUGACUUCUCCGGCCACCACCUGCGCCUGCAGCUUGCGCCACGGAAUGCGCCCCGUCCCAGAGACGACUUCCAAACCGCUUUGACGAUUCGCCUCAACCCAGGCACCAGCAGCUCGGCCUCACUCAACCAGGAAUCUGCUGUUCUCGACAUAACUUACCCACCCAACCAUGUUCCAUCUCUCACUUCGCCAUCCUCCCCGCUUGCAUCUUAUAUUACGAACGAGCUCCGAGCCACUUUUGCGGAGGAACAGUCUAUUAUAUCAUACCUCCUUUCUACAUCAUCCAUGUCCACCGGCGUGCGUCCCCAAGGCCUGAGCGCUGAGGCUGCCGAGGCUCUUUCUAAGCGGACGACUCGAUCUCUGCGAUACGCUCCGACGUACCAUCUCACCUUUUCUCUGUUCACAGAUAAUGCGCUGCCCAACACCUGGGACAUCGAGGCUGCAUUGGACGAAUACAUCAGGCCAAUGCUUGAGGUUCUGCGCCCUAUUCACAAUUUUACCAUCGACACACAAGUCCAGCUGUACGCCAUACCCGGUGUACAAUCUCAAGUGCUCAGCAAAGACCACCUAUCCUCGUUUAUCAAUGCUGCCGAGUGGCCACUGUCCCCAUCUAUUGGCAAGGCGCCGACGGUCAACUUUGUCAUAUACAUUGGAAACCAGACAGUUGGCCUAGAUGCUGAGGCGGAAACAUCUCGGUCAUGGAUGAUUCCCCAAUGGGGCACCGUAUACUUGCUCUCUCUACCCGAUGCGGAGAGCCAUGUAUCGACCGCAGCGCUGAAACAGCCCAUGCUUACAUUUGGUGGUCAUCUACUGACGCUGAUGGGCACUCCUCAGUCUGGGUCUCUACCCUUGAGACUUUCCACUCUGGGCCGUAUCCGAUCUACCGAUCUUUUGCUCCGUGCAUCGUCUACCCUUGGGUCCCUUGCGAGAUUGUCACUCGCGCUGCCUUCCAUCUCGAUUCCUCGCAGCGUUGCGGAUGGUGUUUCAAAGACGAUGCAUCACUUGGAGCUGGCUUGCGCCGAUCUUGGAGGGCCCGAGGGACUGAUGCAUGCGAGAAUUGCCGAGGAAGAGGCAGAGAGGGCUUUCUUUGAGAAGAGUAUGGUGGGACAGUUGUAUUUCCCAGACGAGCACAAGAUUGCCGUCUAUCUCCCGUUGCUUGGGCCGGUGUUUGUGCCGCUCAUCAUGGGGCUAAUUAACGAGGUGAAGAAGCUUAUAAAGGAGGCCAAGCAGAAAGCACUGGAUGCUAGAACGAAGAAACAGCACAUCCACGACGGCACGGCGCUGGAUUGUCGAGUCUAUCACCCAGCCUCGUUUUUUGCAGGCGCGCGCGGCUCACAGCACGGAGCGGCGCCUUGGAAACGACAUGCGGCUGUUUUUGCGCAUCCGUAUGCUCCGCUGGGCGGGAGUUUCGACGAUGGACUGGUGGACAUUGUGGCAUCGCAGCUGCUUCGCAAGGGGUAUCUUCUGGGGACGUUCAAUUUCAGAGGUGCUGGGCAAUCUGCUGGACGGACAUCGUGGACGGCAAAGCCGGAGCGCGACGACUACAUCAGCUUCGUCGGCUUCAUGGCGCACUACGUUCAUCGCCUCGUGUCGUCGGGCGUAACCGAGCAACAUCCAGCGCCGGUCAACCACCAUCCCGUGUUGCUGAUGGCAGGCUACUCGUAUGGAGCCAUGAUAACGACGCAGUUGCCGCCUCUCAAUGAGCUUCUGGAACGCUUUGCCUCGCCGGACAGUGGAUCCAAUGCUGCUCACAUUCGACUGCGGGCUGAAAGCUGGGCUGAGAAGCAGAGCCAAGCUCUACAGGAAGCUCGCGGCGCCACGACACGCGGACAACAAAAAGCCCACGGAACCACGAGCAAUUCAGCUAGUCCACAGGUACCGGCAAACGGCAAACUCUCACCGGUAAACGGAUUCGCCAUACCCCAGCCGGCCUAUCUGCUCGUGUCUCCACUGCAGGGUCUGGUUACGCACCUUGCUACCAUGUCCUUGGUGCCGUCGGUAUUCACAAGGCGAAGUCCUCCUCCGGAAGAUGAAGCGGAGACUAAGCUGAUACAAAAUCCUACAUUGGCCGUCUUCGGAGACGGUGACAUGUUUGUCCCUGUGGGCAAGCUGCGUUCUUGGGUGGCUCGGCUGAGUUCACAGCACGCAUCGCAGUUCCGCGGACACGAAAUUGCGUCGGCCGGUCAUUUUUGGGCCGAAGAGGGAGUGCUGCACUCCAUGCUAGACUUGGUAUGUGAUUUUGCCGGUAAGCUGUACGACAGCAAUUAG